AUGAAGCGGCCAUCGGCUUUGAAGAAGACGGUGCGGGCGAAGCCGGCGGCGAGGGCGGCGGCCGUGCAAAGCGAUGAUGAGCCUGGUCGCAAGAGUCGAGUGGGUUUCAACGAUGUGAAGCAGUUGGCUGAUGCACUGAGCCCUUUCAUAGACAAGCGGUUCUUCACAAGCUAUACCACUGAUCGUGCGCACAAGCCCUUGAAGAGAUUGCCUUCGGAUGUUCCUUCUGGCCGUAGGAAGGUCAAGGGGAAACAGCCAGACGGGGCAGCGAAAGUCGUGGCUACGGUGCCGGAGCCCGCUGAACAGGAUGAUCUUAAGGGCGAAGAGCAGCAAAAGAGUGAUGGUUCUGAUACAGGGCAAAGCAACGACAGCACGUCAAGCAGCAGCAGUAGCAGCAGCAGCGGCAGCAGCAUUUCGCAAAAUGACAGUCAGCAGGCAAACGAACAAGAAGUCUGUUCCGAGGAUGCAAGCAAGCCCCAGGAGGAGCAUCCGCAGCAGCAAAGCAGCAGCCCACAAGCCGAUGAAGAGGCGGCCAGCUUCAUGGCGAACGACUGGUUCCUCAAUACCUUGGAGGGCAUGAUGGGUGGAGAUCUGGGUUACCUUUCGCCGACGCCGGGCCCUCCUCGUCGACGAGCAGCCGACAAGCCAGAGGCACCGGAAGCCUCAGCACUAAAACGGCUGAAGCCGUUGUCCGAGCAGACGCCCGAAGAGCAGAAUACGACCGACGCCGCCGAGAAGCCCGACCACGCCGAGAAGACCGACCACGCCAAGAACAAGCCCGACGACGCCGAGAAGCCCGACCACGCCGAGAAGACCAACCACGCCGAGAAGACCGACGCCGAUACAACCGACAAGAAGGAGGCCGACAAAACCGAGAAGAACCAAAAGGACGCCGACAAAGCCGAGGAGAAGAACAAGAAGGACCCCGACAAAGCCGAGGAGAAGAACGAGAAGGCCGACGGAUCCGAGAAGCCCAAGGCCACCGGCGACAUCAAGUGGAACCCUGAGUUGGGGAAGGCCUGCUGGCAAAAAAAAGAGGGGGUUAUCAUAUCCUCCAUUCCAUUCGUGGACAAAAAUGAUGAGGUUAAGGUCUCGUUCGGUGGCUUGUUGUGGAGUGUUCCUCACCUUGUCCCUCGUGAUCUCGAUCCCUCUAUGCCAGCGAAUCCCUCGCGAAAGGAAGCGAAAGCGAAGGCUGUGCCGAAAGCAAAACCGCAGCCCAAGCCAGUGGACGAUUAUGUCUACCCGAUCAUCCGCUGCAAGUAUUGCACUCAGGGCUCCAAGAACCCCUUGAUCAAGAUCGAGGCACGUGAAGAUCGCGGCAACUUGCAUUCCAAGUGGGUGCAGAAGCUGCAGGUGGUCAUCAAAUCUGACCUCACUGUGCAGAAGGCCAUGAACGUUGCCAAGAGCUUCGCCGACGCUUAUGUGUACAUGAAUCUGAAUCCCGGGCAGUUGAACUUCAGGGGCUGUAGGGAUUCUUUGCUGGCUCACAAGCACGAUUGGGAAACAUCGGCUUUGGACUGGCAAACCGUGAAUAAGCUUGGCCUGAAGCACUUCCCGAGGCCGAACGACUCGCCUAUCAAGAUGCAGAAGACGGCCCAGACUCAGAUCGCGGAGGAUGGGCCGAAGCCGGCUAAGGGAGAUGAUGCUGAUGAAUGUGAUGAUGAUGAGGGAGAAGAGGCACCCGUGGCCGCCGAUCCCGGCAGCACAGCAGCUCCGCCGCCGGCCGCCGCAGCUCCGCCGCCAGCCGCCGUAGCGCCGAAUAUGACCUCCGAGUCCAAAGCCAAAGCAAUCGCCAACUACGCAUCGCACUACCAUAGGGAUCCGAAAGAUGUUACCAUCGAGGUGAUUCAGGCUUCGGCUGAAGGAGCUACCUAUUGGGUGACUGUUGGUUCGUGGGCGGAGAAGGUUGAAUCUCCAAGGCUAUGCGGUGCUACGCCGUAG